AUGUUUGUUUUUGGUGAUCUCUUCACCAACUUACUUUUGUGAUUGUUGUCUUUCGUAUCCUAUCACGAUGGGAAAGAAAGCUGUGUCUAGUGCUCCAAGAGAGCUUCGCCUUAUCGAUGGCGUUAAAAAGUCCAAGACAGUGCCUUCAGAGAAUUUACGAUUGGGCAAGAGAAAAAAGGUGUCUAAGAAGAACAAGCUUGCGUGGAGAAAGCACACGGAUGUUGCUGAUAUAGAAACAUUCCUGGACGAGAAACGCCAGGAAGAGCGUAUUGAAGAAGCUACCACUACCACAAUAGUGCAAGGUACCACUAAAAGAGGAUUCUUUGUGGACACUGAGAAAGACAAUGAUGCUGUGCCAGUUGUGCGUCGUGCAAAGAAGAGGGAGAAGAAGCCACUCCGAUGUGAAGCUGCCUUGCUGCCAACCGUCGAGCCAACCGUCAAGCCAGAUAAACCUGCUACGAAAAAGAAAGUCAAUCGCAAGGUCCGUGCUGAAAUUGCCAUGGAUGAUUCGUCUGUGUCAGCAGAAAAGAAGACAGGAAAGUCAGCCAAUGUGUGGGCUGCUGAAGCACCCAAGACUGAUGAGCAGAGUAUCUUUGAUCAGUUGACAGGAAAGGCGCCAGUUAAGCGUCCUCGCAGCUUAUCCAAGAAAGUGUCAGUAAUCCCGGCUGUGGAGAUAGCGCAUCCUGGUGCAUCCUACAAUCCGUCUUUUGAUGAUCACCAGGCAAUUAUUGCUGAGGCAACAGAGGUGGAGGAACGCAAGUUAAGAGCAGUUGCGAGAACGCAGAAGUUUUUCGAGGGCGUGCCUGAAAUGGACCACAUUGAAAGAGAGCGCGUCUGGAUGAAGGAAAUGUCGGCUGGACUCGACCUGGAUGAUGAUGACAAGGCUGGAGCAAGUGGAGAGGAAGACGAGAACGAGGAGAGUGAUGUGCGUGGUGAUGAGGCAGCACCAGCAGCACCAAAGCUCAUUCGGCCGGAAUUCCGCAAAACUAAGCAACAGCGACGGAAAGAAGCGGAGCGUCGCCAACAAGCGGCAGAGGCAAAGAUUGCACGGCUAACACAAUUGAGAGAGCAGGAAGUGUUUCGGAUACGAAGCUUGAAGAAAAACUUAGCAGAGACUGAGAAGAAAGUGCAGGAGAGACGGCUCAAGCGAACCGAGAAAGCAGCCAAGGAACUGUCGACGCCAAGAAAGCUCGGCCCCCACCGAUAUCGAGCACCGGAUGUGGCUGUUCAACUCAGUGAUGAAUUGCCAGGUGCAUUGCGAAAGCUGAAGCCAGAGGGCAGUACCCUGCAAGAUCGCUUUGCCAGUCUCCAACGACGUAAUGUUCUUGAGCCACGGCGGAAAGUUGUUCCUCAUCGCAGGUAUAAGCAGAGAAAUUACACCAAGAAUGCGUACAAGGAUACUACUGAGGCUGCAUCCACGAAGAACAGGGGCUCCAAGCCAUCCAAGACAAAGAAAUGAGAAGACUUCAAUGUUAUAUAAAAUAGUGCGUCAUUCACAACACAUAACUAUUGGAAUUACAGCUGUGACCACUGGAAUUCAGAUUCGCCACCUGGUGUCGCACAUGGGGCACUGCAGCAUUGUGCACAUGUGCCAUUGUUGCAUGAAGACCCAUGGCGUGCGUGACUACGAUUCCUCACUUCAUGGCCCACAACUGUAGUACCGGCAUUUCUAAAUGGAAGGUUUGAAGGCAUUGCUUCCCUCCAUUAUUUCUUUAGAUUAGUCCCUCUCAUAUCAUGUCUAUUUUCUACACAUUUGCCCAAGACAUGGUUUGAGAUCAUGUCUGCAGAGUGCACAGUAGUGGUGGAAGAAUUUGGUUCUUGA